UUUAAUUCUCUCUCUUGUGCUUUUAAUUUCUUAAUUUGAGCAUAAGAAAAAUGCCAAGCCUCAGCUUGAAGCUGCACAGCUUGUUCUUCAAGUACCAUCUGAGACACCAAUUGCAGAGCCUAAAGCAAAUCCAACCCGACCCAAAUUUCGGGAUCACUUCCCGACCCGAAGAGCCCGCCGUUCCCGCCAACCCGACUUUCCAAGACGGCGUCGCCACUAAAGACAUCCACGUCGACCCCCUCUCCUCUCUCUCCCUCCGCAUCUUCUUACCCGACACUGUCCUCCCAGUCCCCCUCAAAACCGCAACGCCUCCGAAACAUGGCGCCGCCCAAUCGCCUCUCUCCUCUGACGACUCUGAUGGGGCCGUGUACAGGGGAUACUCUCCCGAUCAGCCGAUGGGGAAGCGCCACCGGAAGCUUCCGAUAUUUUUGCAGUUCCACGGAGGUGGGUUUGUGAGCGGGAGCAACGACACGUCGUCGAACGACGCGUUCUGCAGGCGGAUGUCGAAGCUGUGCGACGUGAUCGUGGUGGCGGUCGGGUACAGGCUGGCGCCGGAGAGCCCUUACCCGGCGGCGUUUGAGGACGGGGUUUUGGUGUUGAAGUGGGUAGCGAAGCAGGCCAACUUGGCUACGCUUCGAAACGCUCGCAGCCGUAUCUUCGAUAGCUUUGGGUCGUCGAUGGUUGAGCCAUGGCUGGCUGCUCAUGGAGACCCAUCUAGGUGUGUACUCCUUGGGGUGAGCUGUGGAGCUAACCUAGCUGACUACGUAGCUCGAAAAGCGGUGGAGGCGGGGAACCUCUUAGACCCUUUGAAAGUGGUGGCACAAGUCCUCAUGUACCCUUUCUUCAUUGGAAGCAUUCCCACCAAGUCUGAGAUUAAGUUGGCAAAUUCCUACUUAUAUGACAAGGAUACAUGUAUGCUGGCUUGGAAGCUAUUUCUAACAGAGGAAGAGUUUGAUUUAGACCAUCCUGCAGGCAACCCCCUCUUGCCUGGGACAGGGCCACCCUUGAAGAGCAUGCCUCCGACGCUAACAGUUGUCGCGGAGCAUGAUUGGAUGCGCGACCGGGGCAUCGCUUACUCAGAGGAGUUAAGGAAGGCUAAUGUGGAUGCACCUCUUCUUGAUUACAAAGAUACUGUGCAUGAGUUUGCUACUCUUGAUGUGCUCCUCCAUACACCCCAGGCCAAGGCUUGUGCAGAUGAUAUUACUAUAUGGGUGAAAAAGUAUAUCUCAAUCAGAGGCCAUGAGUUUUCCUAUUGAUUAAUAUGAUUAGUUCAAUGGAGAAGAAAAAAAUUAUGAAGCUCGAGGAUUGAAGCACAUUUUAACGGCUUCAGGGGAACAAGAACAGAAGCAUUUUGGUGUACAGCAUCUGCUUCAAAUUCAUUCAUUUUUUUGUUCAUUUAAUGGCUA